AUGGCGCAAGCCGAAGAUGUGGAACCGGAAACUUAUCAAAUCAUGAGAACUAUUGAGAAUUCACUGAUGAACAACGACAAUGUCGAUCUGGAGCAGUACUUGUUGUUUUGGGAACAUGUCUGCAAGGUGAUGGGGUCGUGGGGAACCGUAUUCGGUUUCGUUGUCAAAGAUGUUACAGCCAAAAUAGAGAAACUCGCGGCAAUGAGAGUCGCUGAUCCAGAAUCCUACCGAUCCAUCCAAACGAUGGCGAGAAAAGAGUCAACAGAUGGAACUAUUCGUAAUUUGAAGCCAAACCGAAGUGGAACAGGACAUUUGAUGGUACUAAACAGAGCACUGGAAUUCGUAAUAGAUAUGCUGGAUGGAGUGUUCACUUCUGAUGACGCAUCGUUGAAAGUAUCGACACCGGCUCGUUGCUCAUACGACAAACAUCUCUCUCAAUUUCAUUCAUGGCCAAUCAGAACCGCCGUAUCUGCUGCUCUCUAUACAUUGCCCCGAAAAACAGAAUUUUUGAUUCGUCUACGUGGAAGUAUGCCAGAAUCGGAAGAUGGGCAGUUCCACGAUGUGUUCAAUAGAGACGGACGAGACAUUGUGCGAAGAGUAAACCAGCUCGUUGAGAACUUCGAUCUCGUCAAUCAUAAUCCUUCUGCCUGA